AUUCGGUCAGUCCUGUGUGAUUCGGUGCAGCGGGCGAAGCGGGUGCAGCGUGGUGAACGGCGAGCGUGAACGAGCGGCGUAGCGACAGUAGUAGUAACGUACGAGCAAUUGCGGCACGGGACGGUGCGGGUGCGGUCGCGUUGGGCCCGACUAUGCGCUUUUAGCGGCGUUCGCUGCUGCAAGCUCGCGAGAAUAUAAAUCGGACGGCGCCAGCUGGCCGAAAAAGCUCCCUUCUAGUGAUCAGUGUUGCUCCCCUGUGCUCCGUCGGACUCGGCAAAAUGUAAUUUUUCCGCGAGCUGGACACACGGACGUCUCCGCCGAUCCCGCCCGUCAGACACCGAGAACCAUCGCAUCUAGCCACGAUCACCGUUCAUUCGCAAGCUUCAAACGCGUUACUCCGUUGAGCACAGUUAAGGGGCCUUUAACGACACAACGCCAAUCGCAGGCGCGGUGGCGAGGACAAGAGAGAUAGCGACGAAAAGCGCGAGUGAAAAAAAAGGGCAAUGACAGGUCACGUGGAGGGAGAUCACAGGAUAUCAUCGCGGCUGUGGAGAACGAGAUUCUUGGGCCAACCGGCCUGAGAUAUGCCAGCAAUAGCGGUAACACCUCUAUCAUCGACAUCCUCGUCGCUAUCGACCGAAGCAGCGGAGCAGUGUCGACCGUCGUCGUCGUCGUCGUCGUCGUGGAGUUGCCGGGUCUACGCGACCCGCCGCGAUCUCUUCGUGUCAGCGACUGUCGACCCGCGUCCAAGCAGAGCGGUACACUGCCCGGACUUGAACGCCUGCCUGGUGAACGAGUCACGUUCGGGACGCGAGCGAGUAGACUGUCAGACGAUCCACUUCGGCUACGCGAUACCAAUUAACGUCGUACCUGUCCGCGAAAGUCCCGAGCUCGUUGAGCUGGUGUUGGAUCAGUCCGGCGACUUGAGUAGCCGGGCGGUGAGUUUCCUGCUGGACCAUCACCCGCAGCUGCGCUCGCAUCGACAAGCGUGCUCCUAUGAAAUGGCCGCUACAGCCAAACACGAUCUACGUCGCAAGUUCCCAGCGGACACGUCCACGUCCGGCGAGGAGGACAUCGCCGCGAUCGCCAAGCAGAUCAGCGAUCACGCGGAGGCGAUCUAUCAGACAUGGAAGAGCCGCGGGUUGGCGCCGACGGAAAUCUUGACCUGCCACAGCAACGCGACCGCCGUCGACAAGUUCGGCAGCGCGCUGACACCUUGCAAUUCUUCCGGGAACACCACCACCACCACCGGCAACAACAUCACCGGCAAGGCUUCGCGGUCACCGUCGCCCUCCCCGUCGCCGUCGCUCGGCCGAACCUCCCCGACAGCAGUGGAUAUAUUGACUCAGACGCCGAAUCUGGACAAUGGUAACCUGGAGAAGCUAGUCAACAAUUUCGUGGUAGAGGACAAAGCUAGAAUAGCCGCCUCGAAGCAGAGGUCAUCGCCGAAGCCAUUACCGUCUUCCAUACAGUUCGCCCUGCAGAAGUUCGAGAGGAACUCCAUGCAACAGCAACCGUCGCCAGUCACAAAAAACAACGUGACUGUGGCCGACAGCUCGAAGAAAUUGACGAGCAUCCUGCUGUCUCCUACCUCGCCGUUCUCGAACAAACCGUCGCAGAUAGUGAAGCCUCAGGUCCCCGCGAAAACACCCGGCUCUCACCACUGCGAGGUCCUCUUGGAGACUAUUGAAACUAGCUUCCCGGCCGACCUGACACCUACCAAGAGAAUGACGCAGCAGAAGAGGCCAACCAGCACUUUAAUCGCAUCGUCGCCUACUAGUUCCUCAUUAGACAUCGAUUCGUCACACUCGACGGGUUCGGGCUUGACGACGUGGCCGUUGAAAAACAAGCUGAACGAUGCCAAGAGGAUCACAGACGCAUCCCGCACGAAGAUAAUCAAAACACUGCAGUCGGAAGACAUCGCGAGAACGUCGUUGAGUCCGGCAAAGGACGAGAAGAGAUCGGUCGCAACGGACAAGAACUCGCGAUGCGCAUACCUUGAUGAGGUUGCGCGGGAGGAGGAAAGACUGAUAAAUGCUUUAAAAACGGGCGCGGUUAUCAGCGAGGAGCCGGACAGAAUUGCAGUGUGUGCGCGCAAUAGACAAAAGCCGGCGAUCAAACGAGAGAAACCGAAGGUCGACCCGGUCAAGCAGAUUAUUAUCGGCCAUAAUCACCACGGGGCUGGUUUGACGGUACCCAACUCGACGGCGAACACAGCGAGCGUCAGCAGUAUUACCGCCACCACCGCCGCCACCGCCGCCACCGCCGCCACCGCCGCCACCGCCGCCACCGCCGUAGUACCAGUUGGCCAUAUUCCGCUAGUCAAUGAAUCCAAGACGCUCAGCAAAGAUGACCUGUCCACCAUGUCGGCGGUGGACUACGCCAAGGUCAGGUAUCAAGCUGCUCAGCAGAACCCGCCGACCCAACAGCGACUCGAGGAACAGCGGGCUUCCGGACAACCGUACAAUUCUACGGAGCAAUUGGUCUCCAGCGCGAGAACGAAGUUCGAGAUGGAGAUUCGCAAGGAUAAAGACGCGAAGGACUGGGUGCCGACGGUGAGUGCAGACGGUGACAACAGAUGGAGGCCGAGAAUUACUUCGCCGCGACCGCGUCUGGAGCAGGCCGUGCCUCAUCCGGAGUUGACUAGCCAACAGAAACAACACAUCAGAGCGGUCGCGGCGACGGGAACGGGCAACAAUCCCGUCAGACCGUUCCUCACUAGAGGCUCCGUGGCAGAACGUGUGCUCAUCUUCGAGAAAUGCCCGAGCGAACUGCUCUUGGACAAGCGUGGUCCCCGUCAGCCGGCUAUUAAUACGUGGAGAAGUGGCCACGAGGUGCAAAGCAAAGCCCAGACUUACACGAGAGAAAAGACUCAGAAGAGUUUACCGCCGCAUACGACACUACAGAGGCAGGUGAAAGCCAAUAGAAAUGUUUACAUACCAAGAUUUUAUUUCCCCGGAGGGAAACCAAUUCCUCACUCGCAAUUGGAAACCACCGUCUCGAAGAUCACCGCGACCUUUCAAAGUUUACCGAAUUGCCGCGCUUUCCGUGCACAAUUCCACACAAUUACGAAGGCUUGUGACUUGCCAUUAUAUUGGAAAAUACCGCUUUUCUUGGCGGCGGAUGGUGACCCGAAAGGAUACGUCGAGAUGAAUGCUUUCUUGGAAUUUUGGAAAGAACUGACGAGCACUCACCACGAUGCAGCUAGUAAAUUUAUCAGAAUCGUCACCCGAGGACUCCGAAAUAAUAUACUCCCGGAAGAUUUGAUUCCACUUGUGCAGGAUGUAGUGGAAACACAUCCGGGAUUGACAUUCUUGAAAGAAGCUACGGAAUUUCAUUCCCGCUACGUACACACGGUGAUCGCCAGGAUAUUUUAUUGCGUGAAUCGGAGUUGGAGCGGCAGAAUUUCCGUCGCGGAAUUGAGAAGAAGCAAUCUUUUGUCGGUGAUCGCUGUGCUUGAGCACGAGGAAGAUAUCAAUCAAGUUACAGCCUACUUCAGCUACGAACACUUUUAUGUGAUAUACUGCAAAUUCUGGGAGCUGGAUCGUGACCAUGAUCUCUUCAUUGAUAAAAUGGAUCUAACGAGGCAUAAUGAUCAUGCGUUGUCGACACGAAUGAUUGAGAGAAUAUUUAGCGGUGCAGUGACAAGAGGUGGAGGAGUAAAAAGCAGUAACGGCACGCAGCAGCCAGAGGAUAAAAUGAGUUACACAGAAUUUGUUUGGUUUCUUCUCAGUGAGGAAGAUAAAAACCACCCAACUGCCAUUGAAUACUGGUUUAGAUGCAUGGAUCUUGAUGGCGAUGGUUAUUUGUCGAUGUACGAAUUGGAGUACUUUUAUGAAGAGCAGCUGCAUCGAAUGGAAGCAAUUGGUCUGGAAACAUUGCCCUUCGAAGAUUGUCUUUGUCAGAUGUUGGAUAUGAUUCAUCCGGCAACACCAGGCAAGAUAUCAUUGAGCGAUUUAAAGAAAUGUAAAAUGACGUCCAUUUUCUUUGACACUUUCUUCAAUCUAGAGAAAUAUCUGGAUCACGAGCAAAGGGAUCCGUUUGCUUCGACGAGGGAUCACGAUGCAGACGGUCACGAGCUCUCGGACUGGGAUCGUUUCGCAGCAGAAGAGUACGAGUUGUUGGUUGCUGAAGAGAGCGGCAACGAACAACAUGAACAAACAUCAUACAAUAUUGCGUCAGGGGACGCAUUAUCGCCAAAUCUGGACAUCUUGAUGGACGAUUCGAUGGAUAUGGUUAAGGGCGCAAAUUUAUUAACGAACUCGUUGGAUAUUCGUACGCAACAGCGGUCGAAGCACGACGAUAGCGGCGACAGCGACGAUUAUGCAGACAGCGACAAUUAAUUUUUCUAAAAACGUAAAUUUUGUUCUGAUAACGUUGGAAUAGAAAUUAUGAAAACAACAGAACCGGCAUUACGAAAUGAUUAAGCCAGAAUUCGUCAGCUGACACAAUUCUUUCUGCUGGCACGUGCUAUCAUUAUGUAAUGUCCACUGAUUACGACGCAGCCGGAUAUCUUUUUUGCGUUACUGAUACGGCAAACUGCACUCUUCAAUAACUUUUCAGACUCGAGCGUCCAUGUAACGUUAAUCGUGUCCCCUUCUACUCAAACGCGAUAUUUCUUCAUUAGUAUGCACUGGUUUAGUACAUUGCAAAGUACAUGAUUGCACACAGUACAAAUAGAUUAUGUAGAUAUCUCGAGAUGCUGCGAUUUACAGCAUAUAUACAUUCGUAACGAUGUAUAGUCCAUUAGGAAUUUGACCACUGCUGCCCAACCAUGUGAUACGUAGAGUGCUGUUCAAUGCGCACAGCAUACGUCGUGUAUGCCAGGUUGUACAUAAGGCAUUAUAUCGACCAUCGACUCUUCUGGUUAUCACGAGAGUCGAAAAUACGAAUCUCAACCACAUUGAAAUCUACACGUACUCUCACGAAUCCAUGUAAUACCAUCAGUUUGAAGAAUCUGUAUAGCUAGUAACAUUUUUGUACGAGAAUCAACUGCAGUAAGUUGUUUUUUCAAUAGCGUAUUCAGUGGUAUAUGAUAUGAACGUGCACCUUGUAAAUACACACAGUGUAUUUAAAAGAAAAAAAAGAAGAAGAAAUCGAUAGUAAUCGGAGUAGUAAAUUAUUUUGUAUAAUACUGUCUCUUUUGUGUAGAGAUGUGUAAGAAUCUGCAAUGGAUGGUAUUAUCCCUUGUAGGACGAUUCGUUGUUACUUGUAUUUGUAUGUUGUGCACGAAACGUUUUUAAGUAGUCGGAAACGAGAAAGAUACACAGUAUAAUCUUCUCGAGCAUCGGAAAAGAGGCGGAGCAGAUUAUUUUCCUACAAGUUUUCACUUUCUCUCUCCACGUUACAUGCUAUUACCAUAUCAGAUCUAUUAGCAAUUACAGAUAGAACAUGUUUAUAAAGAUCUGAUAUGUAUACCAGAUCUGAGACACACGCACACAUAUAAAUAUAUAUACAUACAUAUAUAUAUAUAUAUAUAUAUAUAUAUAUAUAUAUAUAUAUAUAUGCUUAUUGUGUGUGAGCUCUCUCUUAUAUAACAAUUUCUAUAUAUUUAAUAGUAGAACACGAUAAUUGAAAAGUUGUCGAUGCUUUCGUUUCCUAGUCACACGUUUACGCAACUACAAGUAAAGGCAAACGCCUGCUCUACGUAACGAGUAAAACCAUGAGUAUCGAUUUUUAUAUACAUUUUUUUAUGUAAAAUAUCACAACCGCAUAUGUCUGAUUUAAGUUUCGCUAGAAAGUAUAUUUUGCUUCUCUUCCUCCAGUGAUUAACUGCAAGUCAGUUGAAAUAUCUGUAUAAAACAGAAUAAGUUAUAUAGCAUUAGCGCGCAUCUCUUUAGCGCGCGGAUAUCUAUUUUAAUUUAAUAUAUGUACAAAUAGUAAAAUAAUAUAUUAGCAUGUUAUGUUCAUAUACGUACACGCAAUGUAUAUUCGGUGCUCUUCAACUAUCUCCUACGAUCUUCUGCGUUCAAAGCACUCUUGUAAGAGCACCAACGACGAGCAUGUCCCAUAGCGUUAGCAAUAAGAUGAAUCGGCCUGCAAACGAUCUCCGAUGUUCCGAUGCUUUAAAUUCGCAAGCAUGAAAUAACGGAAAUCGUUAGUAGAACUUUAUUAGGAAAUGCGCGUGAUUGACUAUAUUGAUAAUUAAGUAAUUUUCUUCAUCAAUUUAUCGUAACGCUUAAAGCUUCUUUAUUACUACAGAGUGAUUAUAUUACGUUAUAUAUCGUUACAUUAUACCGCGUCUUAGUAAUAUUACAUAUCUUUAUAAGAAAGAAUAUCAUGUAUACAAGCCAAAGAAGCGACGUUCUCUCUUAAGCACGAAAGGCUAACUGAACGCGUUGCAGUAUUGUUAAUCAGUUCGAACGCAAUCUAAAACAGUUCGAAAAUUCUAAAAUGAGAAUUGAAAACGUAAGAAAUAUAUACGCGUUAUUUCUCGCCUUACUGGCACGAUCUUUUCUUUUUUCUCUCAAUUACGUUUGUUCUUUCAGACAAACGGGUUGAUAUUACAUCAAAUAUCAAAUUGUCCGUUAAUAAUAUAGCAUUGCCAUUAGUACUUAAACAUAAGUAAAAAUUUUGCAACGUAUACAAAUUAUAAUGCGCAUCUCAAGCUUCCAAAUUUUCGGCUAUUUUAAGAUAUUUUCACACGGCCACUUCACGCGCGCGACUCUCCGCGAAAGUUGCAAGAGGAUCACUGGAUUGUACAUAUUACUUAAAUACGUCCCUGAAAUAAGUUUAACGGUUAUCUAUCUUCAUCUAGUUCAAAUAUGCACUCUCUAUACAGGAUAUACUCAAGUGAAUGUUAAACCUAAAAUCUUUUCUCGUCAAUUGUCUUUCCUCGUUUCUCGAAAUGGACCUAACGAUAUGGAGUAUGAGAUGUGAGUAAUAUGUGUGUAAUAUUCAAUAGAUGCGUUAAAUCUUCUCGAUCACUUUUGCGUCGGUAUUCGCUAAAGAUUAUUGAGAAUAUAUUAUGCCGCUUGUUAUUCAUCUACCGCCGUUGUUGCAUACAGAUAAUACGUGACAAAUAUUUAUUUUUUCUUUAUAUAUUACAUUUAUCAAGAGUUUAAUUUUACCAAGUACUGAUGAGAGACAGGCUGUCAGGAUGCGUUCGUUUUGCAUGAUGUAUUUUAACGUUAAAAAAGAUCACUCCUGUGUAGAAGUGUCGAUGCCAAAACUAUAUACGGAAAGAAACGCCGAGGAGUCACCCACUUUACGUGUUACAUAGUGUGUUUAUAGACUUCUCACGAUAAAGCACGCGCUUGUUUAUUUUUGGUAUGCGCUUAAUCGACUAUCGAGUGAAAUAUGUACAUAGACAGAGAACGAAAGUUCCACAGUAUCGUGUAAGCUUUACGCGACAAUGAAUUAAGCACCGCAUAUUUUAUUCGCAUAAUUCAACUGGAACUUUGCACGGUACAGUUUGGUCAGAUCUAUAUUUUAACGAAGCCUCAUAAUUGGAAUAUUUGCGCAGGGAUGUACCGUGAAGAAUGAGCCCGUUAGCGCCUUCACCGCACUUAUCGCCCACCGCUAAAUGUCCGCGGUAUAUAAUUGAAGAGUAUGACUAAUCGUCCAGCGCUGUUCUCGAACGUUCGUUGUAUACCUAUCACUAAAUAGUAAUAGCGAGACACCGUUUACUUAUCUCCAUUGUAUUGCCAUAACAACCAAAAAGAAAAUUACCUGAUCCCACUGCUCGUGACGAAUGCUCUCCACUAGCUGUGCAGAAGCGUGGGCAACCGGCAUUUCGGCAACGAUUUUCGGCUAAAUUUUGCCGUGCUACGAGUCAUUUUUGUAAGAAAGAAAAAAGAGGAGAAAACGAAAAGCUUCUUAGUCGUUUUUAUUAGACGUAACUUGCUGAAUGCCAUUGAGAGAUGCCAAUAUUUUGUUACGUGUAAAAUAAUUUUAGUCCGAUAGCAUCGUAUCGGCGUAUCUCGCAUACACCAUUGUGCAGCGAAACAAUUUUGUUGACUGCCCAAAGAUGUAACUUAUAUAAUUUAUAAUUUGUAGGAUAUAUAUUAUUUUAUUUUUAACGGUAUAUUUUUUUCUUUUUUAAGAAUCUUUUUAAUUAUAAUCGCGUAUCGCGCCACUGCGUACUACUAUAAUAUCUCCCAUCAAUAUUACAUGCUUUCGUUGAAGCAAGGAAAGCAAGGACAAUAAGAAGUAAUAUCCAAUUGUUAACAUAUGUGGCCAUGUCUUCGAUUGUUAUAUUUAUUCACUCUAUGAUGAUUUUAUCACUGUUUUAACGAUUUAUCGAAUGCCUACUCGGAUUCAUGGAUCUUGUUUAAGUUAAUUGUUCAUGCGUGUUUCUUCCAUUCGAGAGGAUAUUUAUAUAUAUACACAUAUACAUAUAUAUGUAUAUAUAUAUAUGUUUAUAUAUACACAUUAGUAUAUGAAACAUGACCAGAUCAUACUUUCGUGUUUUCAUUGGAUAUCUAUUAUACUGACAUUCUUUUAUUAUGUACGGAUAUAUUUGUUUAUACAUUUUAUCUGUGCCGUAAAACUAGACAAGGAAAUUUUACAAAUUAAUAAAAAUAAAUGACGAAAGUAUCGAAAAAUACGUAUUUAUAUCAGCCCGAUGUCUCCAUCUAUUUCUCAUCACGUAUAAUAUAUUAAUCAAUUAAAAGAAUAUUUUGCGCCCCCCUCCUCCCAUUAAGAUCCCAGAGAUACGCGUUAAUGGAUUAUAAAAUGAGGAAAUAUGAGUAUCAUCGCCGCCUAAUGACUUACGUAAAUAUAACAAAGCGUUCGUCGUACAAAAGAAAAAAAAUAUUACACGCGUCAUAUUAUUAGAAAAACAAUGUUUUUAUUGAAAAAUCUUUUAAGAAAAUGUGAUACAAGCGAAUCGGGCUUUCUGCCAUUUAGCGAAUAGUGUAUGACGCAACAUUGCGUUUCUGCGUUCAUGAACAUAAUGUAUACAGAAUCGUAGUAUUUCGCGUUUUUAUACUUUUUCACGUCACACGUACAACGCAUACAUAAAUAUAUGUAUCUGUCCAUAGCGGAAAAGUACGAAAACACAAAACAUUACCGUUUUCCACGUUAAAGUUUAAAAACACACAAAUGCAAUCUUGUGUCUUACAUUUUGGUACACGUCUACGUAUACGUCACUUAACUAAUAAACUCACGCUCGACGCAACAUGCAUCUUAAGUAAGAAUGAACGAUGAGUUGAAAUGUAAAGUAUAAAUUGUUUAUAUCGCGAGGGGGAGAAGAAGCACCAUAUAAUCGAGUGGUUAUUUAAAAAAUCAGAGGACACACAUUUUUUUGCUAAAGUUUUGUAUAAAAAUAAUCACGUGCGACAAUACCCACGCAAUGUCGUGUAUUUACAUGCAGCGUGUGAUACUGGAUUUCUAAAUUAUUUUGUGUGAAUUAUACUAUCGUAGACGGUGCAUUAUUCGCUAUGUAUCGUUACGGAUAUUAUAUGACGCAUUUUUGCGCUCUCUAUACUGUUGCAAUGCCUGCUUCCUUAGAAUAAAACUUACAGAGAAAUUGUCCCUUUGUAAAAGAUCUGAGAGCGCUGUGUGGCUCUCUUUCGACGAAAGGAUUUCAACAGUGAUAUAUUAAAAUUUUCACUCGGUAUCGUAUCGAUGUAUUAGGUACAUAUUUUACCGAUCGUAUUUAUGGACUUUGCUACUUAUCUCAUUGACUUUAUAAAUAUCACUAUGUAUCAGUAAAACAGUUGAUAGUUUUUGGAUCUUUUUUCUUUAUAUUUUGUCUACUCCCUUAUGUAAACGUUAAAAACUUAAUAACAGGUGACAUAACGCGGCACACGGACUAUAUAUCGAUCAAUAAAAUACUCGCUAUGAUACACAUGUAAGCAUUUCCAACGGAAAUACUUUAGCAUACAGAUUUCGUGUGUUUCACUGAUGCAUAUCUUAUGCGGAAGUAUGCCAGCGAGAACUUAGCAGCAUACACAUAAUACGUCACGUCUUAUUACAUAGCAGCAAAAUUCGACUAGAGGUAUAAUAAAAUACGCCUUUGUCUGUUUAUUAUAAGUACAAGAAAAGAUCUGAACUAUAGGAAGGAAACUGGUAUUAUUCGCUGGAAUGUGAAAAUACCUGUGACAUCGACGUGCGCGAAUACAACUUUCGGCCUUUUAAAUUAAAAAGAUCAGUUAGAUUCGUUUGAGGAAUUUUUCCUAUCUCUAGAGGGAACCUGAUGUUUUUUACCGAUGUUACCGGAAUUUACUAAGAUGCAAAAACGAUUCAUUGAGUUUAAAACUUUUGUCUGAUUGAAAUUGCGCACGUGUAUAUACCACCGUGUUUUAAACUCAAGGCUCCAUAUUCGAAUAUGCGAUAUAGAUAUACGUUAAAGAAAAAAAAAAUAUUAUACUAGUUUGGUGACUACUCUUUGUUACACACUUCUAUUGUUCUUUUUCAGCUUCUUUCAGUUCUGAUAUAUUUAUAAAUUUAUAAGCAAGUUGCAAUCGUAUAUUAUAAUGAGAUAAUUCGGUUUCGCGAUAUUGCAGGAUAUUACGAGCUGACUAAUUUUGUUUAUGCGUUCACUUCACUAGGGGAUUUCCCACGCGAAAAAUGAAUAAGUUUCGAACGAGUGACAUGCGUGAAACUCGUUCGAAAAACUGUACGACAAAGACACAGUUAACUACGUUAACUAGUAUAUUCUCCUUCACUAUAUAGGCUAAAGUGCCUCAUUGCAGUUUAGAAAAAGACGGCUCUAAUUAGUUAGGCAGCUUCGAGUGUACGCUUGAUAAUCGUUUUCUCUCUUAACUCUAGAAGAAUUAGAUUAGACCUAUGGUUCAAUAUAAGGUGAUAAAACGUGAUCUUACGGUAAGAAUGCGGCAAGAAUGCGGAUUCAAUCACAAAGAAUAUGCACACUAUAUCCUUAUCACGAGUACAUUCGGUACAUGUCCGCAGGAACAAGGCACAACUGAUAAAUCGUUCUCCUUCGCUCGAGAAUGUCGGUAUCGCGCGCGUCUCUGCGUUUCCGGGUUCAGUGGUGAAAAAUAUGCGUCGCCUGGUUUUUACACAUUCGAUACAAUGUCUCUUUUAUUUCCGUUUUUAGCUUCCAAACAAUUAUAUAUAUUACUUUCCACAUCUAAGUCUAAUUUAUGUCAGUAGAAUUAUACCAACUUAUUAUUACGAAAUUUCUAGUGCGAUGUUAAAAAAUUAUGUUUAUUAGGAUGGACUUCACCUUGAAAAAUAUUUUCCUCGCUAUCGUAUCACAAAUGAACGUAUAUUUCUUUGAAAGAUUCGUCUUUUACUGCGCCGCUCUGCAUCGCAGCAGAAGCUGUUCAUAAUCUCACUUCAUAUAGAAUGUGUAUCAUCGUAUAACGAACUACAUUAUAUAAAACACGCGCGCAACGCGAGGUAUUACGAAGAUAUUUUUACAACGCUGCCAGGCUUCCAGACGCGUGUGCGAGUGAGUGCGCGAACACAUCCGUAUGUCGUACAUGUGAGGAUAAUAAAAAUUAACGAAUUAUCACAUCUAAACUCGGCUAUCUACAAAAUCGUGUAGUAUUUAUUAUGCAACGUACAAUACGAUCGUGCGAACUAACAGCCGUUAAAUCGCUUGAUUGGGAUGAGUAAUCUAGACGCUACAUUCACGCGAUCGCAAGAAUUAGUAGCAAAAAGCGUUGCGCCGUCUCCAAAAAAAAAAAGAUUA